AUGACAAAAAGAGGCGGGACGGCCAACCUUUCCCUUUUUCAGAGGAUCCAGCGCAUCGCCCGGUUCGGAGGUGGACAUCUGCCUCUCGAGAACAAGGCAAAUUCCAUUGUCUUCCCCAAGCCUGUCUUUGGCCCCGCCAAUCCGCAUCCGCACCCGCGCCACCACCGCGACCGCGACCGCUUGGCCAGGCGGCCGCCGAGGAGGAGGUACUAUCCCGGAUCUAAGGAGCUGACCGUCCUCGCCAAGGUUAUGAACAUCGCCGUUGCGGCGCUGGAGCGGAAGGAGUGGGAGGCUAUCCGCCGCCGCAUCGUCUCGAGCCUCGAGCACUUGCUCGACAGGCUAGUGUCCGACAGCAUUGCCCAGAAGUCGUUUGGCGUUGACAGGAGGUGCGCCUGUAUCGUGUGGUCCGACGAGGUCCGCGAGGCCUGCAUCCCCGAGGGCUGGCUUGGUGAUCUUGCUGCCAAAGUCAACGACGGUGCCGUCAGGGGUAGUCAGAAUGCCCCAGAUGCUGCCGCCGGCGGGGCCGGGCCAAUCUCCAACCCGAUGCCGGAAACCUCUCUGGGGCCAUUGUCGGUGCCAUCGCCGGGACCGUUGGCGCUUCCAAUACCGCGCCCACUCCUCCAGCAACGCAGGCAACAACCCUGGCCUGUGCCCCGUGGACAACACAGGGUCUGGUACCCGAAACGUCGCUAG